AUGGCGCCCCCAACGUCCCUGUCGUCGCACGAGCGGACAAGGGUGGAGGAUUACUUGAAUGAUAAGAUUCAGGUCUCUGCCGAUCUUGAGAGCCUUGACUCGCUGCUCUUCAGCCUCCACGCGCAACAGGAGCUUCAACGGAAGCAGCUAGCGGAAGCACACGAAGCACUCUCAAAUGCGACCAAAGCUUCCAACGACCAUGCUGAGGCCACACGCAAGCGGGCCGAAGCAUUCGCAGCGGAGCAGGCGGACAUCGAUCGCCGACUAAAGGCCAUUACACAAUCGGAGACGAGCGAUGAGGCAGUACGGCGGCUUGAGAAGAGCAUGGAAAGGCUCCAGCGUUUGGAAAUUUCCAAAGGAUAUGUGCAGCUGCUGAAGGAGGCUGAGGAAUUGAGCAAGGAAGCUCUUGCUAGUAUCUCGUCCGAUCCUCAUGCCGCAUUGAAGCCAUAUGCUCGACUGCGUAGCAUCGUCUUGUCCCUGAAAGAAGCUCAGCCCGCCGCCGAGGGAGCUGCCCCGCAUCUCAUCGACUACACGGAGAAGUUGGCAUCCGCAUUGCGACAACAACUACGGAAGUUCUUCGGUGACCGACUGCAAAAGACAUUGGAGGGGUUGAAGUGGCCGACGCGAGAGUUGAAUAUUACGGAGAAGCUGCUAGCUCAGUGGAGACAAGAUGUGGAGCUCUUGAUCGAUUUACAGAUGCCGGAACUGCAAGUUCGUGAUGUUCUGGAUACUGGCCAUGGCCUUGAACCACCAGUUCUGUUCCCAUUGGAAGAGAUGGUACACCCUCUAGACCUGCGAUUCAAGUAUCACUUUAGUGGCGACAAGCCAACGAACAGACUUGACAAGCCCGAAUACUUCCUUGCGCACGUCAUGGAUCUAAUCACCCAGUUUGGGGGAUUCUUCACAUCUUAUCUGCAACCAAUCCUCGAUGAAAAAGCUCAAACCGCCGGUCCAGAAUUGGAAUGGAACUUUUAUAAUGCUCUGCAUGCCUUUAUCACGGCCUUGCUUCCAAUGCUGAGACACAAAAUCGAAAACUUCAUGCCUCAGAUCGCAAAUCAUCCUCAAUUGCUCAGCCAUUUCGUCCACGAAUUGAUGAACUUUGACAACGAUCUCCGGGAAACGUGGAAUUACCUCCCGGAUCCCUAUGCCGAAGACAACUGGAAAGGUAUUACUUGGGAGGUGCUCACUAAGCAAGGAUGGUAUGAUCGAUGGCUCCAAGUGGAGAAGGACUUUGCUUUGGCGCGAUACAGAGAUAUUAUCGACACUCCGGAUAGCGGUGAAAUCGACUAUGACGGUGUCGAGCUCACUGCAACAAAACCUACCAAGGCUGCAAUUCGGGUGAACGACCUGCUUGAAACGAUCACCGAGCGAUACCAGCCAUUGUCAUCCUUCAGCCAGAAGCUUCGAUUCCUCAUUGAUAUCCAGAUCACCAUUUUCGAUCAAUUUCACGAGCGCCUUCGUGAAGCUUUGGAUGCUUACCGGACCAUGACCUCCGCUCUUGGCCGUACAGUCCAGGGAGCUGACGGGCAAGCUAGCGUUGAAGGUGUCGCGGGCCUUGAGCGGCUCUGCCGGGUUUUCGGCAGUGCUGAAUAUCUCGAGAAAAAGAUGGAGGAUUGGAGCAAUGAUGUGUUCUUCGUGGAACUCUGGUCCGAGCUCCAAGAUCGAGUGAAGCAGAACCGCGACGGUGGCCGUAAUGUUGCUGGUACCAUGUCCGUUGCGGAAGUUGCCUCGCGUACAUCACCAGCCGUUGGGAAUCACAACGCGGCUAGUACACAAACGUCCGAGGGAGCCCUCUUCGAUGAGACUGCCUCUGCAUACCGUCGUCUCCGGCUGCAAUCCGAAUCCAUAAUUACAUCAACAUUGACCUCGAACAUCACCUCAGCCCUGAAGCCUUACUCUCGCCUAGCUACUUGGGCAACGCUUUCCACUCCCUCUGCCAGCGCAACGACUUCUUCUCUUUCUCUUUCUUCCGACCUGGCACACGCGAUGCGCACUCUCUCGACUCAGCUGAAUUUCCUCGCUCGAGCUCUAGGCGUUGCACCUCUCCGACGUGUCUCCCGCCAGCUCCUCCUCUCAAUCCAGAACUACAUUUGGGACAACGUAUUGAUGAGGAAUAAUUUCUCUGAAACAGGCGCUGCACAGCUGUCUAGCGACAUCGAUCACCUUUGCAGUGUGGUUGAUAAUGCGCUAGGCGUGGCAGGCCAUGUUGGUGGUUCCACGCGAAUUGUGAAGAAGAUCAACGAGGGGUUGCGUCUCUUGAACCUGAGCGCAUCCACGGAUCCAAGUGCAGAGAAUGUGGAAGGGGCUGGUGCUGGAUUGAGAUUGUGGGAUGUGGAAAAGAGGCUGUUCAAGGAUAAUGAGAGUGCCCGUGCUGUGCUUGCUGAACUCGAGAUUGAUGGUUUGGCUGAAACCGAGGCACGAUCUGUUUUGGAGAAAAGGGUUGAGAUUGGUAGUUAG